AUGUCGGUACGCCAACCCGCCAUAUUUCGACGACAGUGCGCGCCAAAAGAUAAUACAUUAUUGGUCAUCAAACGGCGACGUUCUGGAUGGUGUUUGAAUGGGAGAGAACGGAAUGAGAUUGAGAACGGGGUGAAGGUGCGGCGGAAUGCGUCUCUUCACAGAGAGUAUAAAGGAGACUAUAUCGACGUGCCAUCCCAUCGGAAUUUGAUGAAGAUUUUGCAAAGGCAAGGUGACAAGCAAGUUCUCUUUGCUGAUAAAUUAUUGAAGUUCACUGGCACCGGGAAGAUUAAGCAACGUAUCCUUUUAAUUACUAAUGUUGCCGUUUACAUUCUCGACCCAGAGACUGAUAUACUUAGAAGGCAGAUAGCACUGGUUGCUGUAGAGAAAAUGUGUUUAAGUGAGUUGAGUGAUAACUUUUUUGCAAUCAUCAUUCCAACAGAGUAUGAUUUACUGAUGGCCAGCCCUCGAAAGACUGAAAUUGUUACCAUAUUGGGUGAAGCUACCAAGAGUUCAUCUAACUAUGAACUAGAGAUGGUUUUCUCCAAUAGUUUUCAAUAUAACGCAGCUGCUGAAAUGGUAAAGGAAGUUCAAUUUGAGGAAGUUGAAGGGGGCGUUAGAACACGAAUUGUGAGGAAGUGAGUUGCAUUCUUAUUACACAUACAGAUUUGUUAGUAAAGUAUAUGGGGGCAGUGGCAACGAUGAAAGAGUAUCACACGUGGCCUAACAGGAGGACAAACAUUCAUAUAUUCAUUACUGGUCAAGGUUUCUGCUCUUCAUCAGGGCCAAUCCCACCAAGAAAAUCCUACUAACGGAACUGUAAUUCUUAUGUAAGGUUUUUCAUCAUCAACCCUGCUUUUUCAAUUUUCCAGAAAACGAGUCUUCUUGUUCAAUAUGAACGAAAUGUGAUUAUUUGGAUGUUACAAAUUGAUAAAUGGAAUUUCUUUGAUUUGAUGAUA